AUGCUAUCACUUCGUGGAAUCACUGAACAUGAAACCUUUGAUCAUCCAGUGGCCACCAUGAUUGUCAUUUCUUCUUCGAACCCGGAUCCUGUCAGCACUAUUAUGCAACUUUAUAACCCGAACGUACCUUCAUUUACAAUCGAUAAACCUUAUGUCGAUACCAACAUUCUUCGUUAUUACGUUGUUCUACAUGAUCCUAACCGUACUAGCCUCGAGCAAUCAAAAUCAGUAUUCGACAAACUGAAAAGAACUGUUGGAUUACAUUGUCAUCUUUUAACGAUCAAUUCGAAUCCUAGGGAUCCUUUAGAUGAUGAUAGUAUAGAGGAUACAUCUCCAGACAACAUUCGAACUAUAUGGGAUGGAUUAGCUGAAUCUUACCGUAUCGAAUCUGAAUUACAGUCCUAUGAUACUGUUGUCAAUGUAUCAUCAGAUACUGCCAACAUUGGAUCUCCCAUGUCACCUGGCUCCAACAUGUCUUCACCCUUUUCAGCUGGUCAUACAAGAUCAAGUUCGAUUGCAUCCAACUUGAGUAAUUUACCAUCUACUGUGGUUCACGGUACAUCUAUUCAAUCCGUACCUAUCGAUUUACUAGACGAUGGAGAACCUGGACAAGAGAUACCUACAUUUAUUGCACCAGAAACACCCUCUAUUCAAUACGGUCGAUGUAUGACAGCUGAAGAUGUCAAUAAUGUUAAAACCAUGGUAAAGGAAUUCACCAUUCAGAGCAUGAUACCUUUUAUGGAGCGUAAUAUUCAACAUUGGAAUGAGCAAGUGGCUUCAGCGCGUCGUGGCCUUACAGGCCGUUUAUUCGGUGCCAGUCGACGAUUGUUCGGCGCAGCUAAUCGAUCACCUACAUCCCAAGCGGUUCAGGUCAUUCCUGUGCAAGGUCCCAAUGUACCCAUCGGAUCCAAUACAUUGACCAUAUACCCUUAUGCUGCACCCGAAGCGCAGAUGCGUAAACUGGCAGAUUAUGCCUUUAUGUUGCGGGAUUACAAGUUUGCACAUACCAUUUAUGAUACGGUGCGUCGUGAUUAUGCCACCGAAAAAACCUACAAGUAUCAUGCUGGUACGCAAGAAAUGAUUGGUACCUGUCUCUUAAUGAUGAACCAACCUUUAACGAAUAAAUCCGAUGUUGAUCGAAAUUUUGAACUGGCUGUACAACAAUACAUCGGACGUUGUCGAUCGCCAUUUCACGCUACACGUACAACCAUUGUUUAUUAUGAGUUGCUCAAGGCACGUCAAAUGUGGAAAGAUGUUCCCACCGCACUUGUAAGAAUGACAGGCGAGGAUUCGGACUUACGAUCGGGCUUGUUUUUGGAACAGGCCGCGCAUUGCUUCUUGAGAGCAAGUAAACCUAUGGUCAGAAAAUACGGAUUUCAUCUGGUGAUGGCGGGACAUCGAUAUGGAAAAUCAUCUCAGCGCUUGCAUGCUUAUCGGUCUUACAAAAUGGCUUCAUUUGUAUUGGAGAAUCAUGCAUGGUCUGUUGCCAAAAGUCAUAUUCAAUUCGCGCUCGGGCGUCAAUCAUAUCAUUUAGGCCGACUUGAAGAUGCAGUUAUGUAUUUCUCCAACGUCUUAACCGAUACGAAACAAACACCUCAACAACAAUUAUCGCACAUUCGAGAAUUCUUGUUUAUUUACAAACAGUAUACCACACAAGAAGGGAUCGAUCCUUUAAAGGAAUCUUUACCCCACUUGACUUUACCGGUCAUUGAAGAUGCACCUAUCCAAGUCACCUUAUCAAAUGCACAAUCAAACACCACCCAUCCCGAAGAAUGGGCCACCAUGGAAAUCGAGUUAUUGGAAGAAUGCAUCAAACAUGGUUACAUCUCUAGCUCAAAGAAGGCAUUGGCUGUACAACAACAAGAUGAUCACCGUGUUGUAUGUGCUGUAGGUGAACCUGCGCUUGUUCAUAUUGAGUUGUAUAACCCUCUUCAAGUACCCAUUACACUGAGUGAUAUUAUUUUAGGUUGUCAAUAUAGAAAAUCCACCACCGAAACGCCUGACAAUGAUGAGCCUGUCGAUGCCUAUCAAGUAAUGCCCGUAUGUAAACCCAAGCAGGAUACACCUGAUAUGUUUGACUUUGAUGAAUUCGAAUUACAAAAGAUAGACCAAGUGACUUUAGAGCCAUUAGAGAAGCGAAUGAUCAAUUUAGCCAUCGUACCUCGUCACAAAGGCAGUGUACAAGUCAAUGGAUUGCAUUAUACUUUAAAUGACCUCGUUCAUACCUUUAGACCGUUCCAUAAGAAGGGUAAAAGAUUAAACAAGACAAAGCAAGACAUGAUGUCUGUGACGUAUGCUCCCGAUCGAUCGCUUGAUAUACUAGUUACUUCGCCUAUGCCUUUAUUGGAUUUGGCUUUCCAUCAUGUGCCUGAAACUAUCCUAUCGGGUGAGGUCGUUCAAACCGUACUGGAAAUCAAUAAUAAGGGUAAUAAGGGUCUAACUGCACUUCGGUUAAAAUCAAGCCACCCUAGUUUUAUCUGUGUAGGCAAUCCUGAGGAAAUGGAUUCAGAUAUAUAUGCUUCCAAGGAUACAUCAAGUGGUACAGGUACAGAACUAAAGAUGGACAACAAGCUAUUUGACGCUAGUGUGAUUUCAAUUCCUUUACCUGCUAAAAAGGGUGAGACCCAUAGUAAUGAACAUGGUGUGGUAAUUCCUGGUGAAACCACACUUGUUCCACUCUGGUUACGUGGUGAUCGUAUUGGUAAACACACCUUCAAGUUUUUGUUUUCAUACCAGUCCGAUGAAGACAACGAUAUGAUUGCGCAUCGCACAUUAAGAUACACUGUACAUGUUCAAGUUUUACCGUCACUCAAGAUUAAUGCAUUUACUAGACCUAGUACGACUGCCGUGAAUGAGUAUAUCCUGGGUAUCGAAAUUGAGAAUUUGCAGACGAUUGCCAAUUUUGAUUUGACUCAAUUAACUGCUACGAGUCCCAUGUGGACUAUUGCGCCCCUCAGUAUUGAUAUCAGUUCGCCACAGGAUAUUCAAGAGAAGACGGUGAUUCCACCGCGUCAAACGACUUUCGCCUACUACAAGAUUAAAAAGGCUCAACAUGUGGAUACAUCUUGUCCCGAGGCUUGGACUUCAAAUGCGCUCGGAGCCUUAUUAAACAAUGUCGAAUCCAAGACGAAAGCCAUGCCACCGCCCAUUUCUUUGAAUUUGAGCAAGAUUUCGUUUGUAAAGUAG